CGUCUUACUGCAAUUCGUGAACCAGUACUCGAUUAAAGAAGACGAAUAUGCCGAUAACCUAAUUUUGUGUUUACCUUUGAGUUGGCCAUUUUGCCAUUUCUUUGGAUGGUUAGGAUGAACAUCGAACGAGUUGUGAUAUUUGGCUCUACUGGUACGACAGGAUUGUGCGCUACCCAUGCUGCUGUUAAAAAAGGUCUAAAUGUAAGAGCGUUCGUUCGAGAUCCCAAUAAACUGCCCGACAAUCUGAGAGACAGCGUAGAAGUUGUGAAGGGGGACGUUUUGCUUUAUAAUGAUGUGUUAAAUGCAAUUCGGAAUACAAGCGCUGUGGUUGUGGCGCUGGGAACCAGAGACGAUCUUAGCCCCACAAAAGAUCUCAGUGAAGGCUUGAAAAAUAUUAUUAAAGCAAUGAAAGAACUAGGUGUGGAUAUUAUAUCUGUAUGUUUGUCUGCAUUUCUGUUCCAUGAUGCAAAUUCCGAUAAAGUCCCGCCUCGAUUUAGGGAUGUUACAGCAGAUCACCGGCGUAUGUAUGAAGUUUUAAAGGAGUCUGGAUUAAAAUAUAUUGCCAUAUUUUCACCUCACAUUGCAGAUAAUCCAGGGUCAGAUUAUGAUGUUGCCCAUGAUAAAUAUUUGGGUAGAGUUGUAUCUAAACAUGAUCUGGGAAAAUUCUUGAUUGACUCAUUGUCAAAGCCAGAACAUUAUGGAAAAGUAUGCGGUAUUAUAUCCAAGGAGAUGUAGAACACUGUUUGUGACAAUUUUAGUGUGCAAAAUGUAUUUUAGAAUUUUGGUGUUGGAUGUUGUUAGGUGUAGUUAAUUGCAACUGAUUAGCAAUUAUAUUCAUACUAAUCAAAA